CGAGUAGUCCCCUGCGGCCGGAACUCCCCUGAGUUCUUCUUCUUCUAUCCUUCUCUUAAUUCCCUCCAAUUAUCCUCCUUCUUCGAUCAUCCGUUCCAAAAAAAAAAAAAAAACGUAAAAAAGGUAAAAGUUAAAUCUCUUUCAAAUCCUUGUGUUUGAUCUUCCAUCAUCAGCUGUGUAUCUGUUUCGAAGGUCUUCGUUUCUUCUUCGGACCAAUCGCUCUUCUUUCCCCUUGAUCGAGUUCUGAUUCAUUUCUCCUAUCUGGGGUAACGCGAUUCCGGGCGAUUGCAAUUACCACAUCCGUUUCGUUCCUUACUUUGUUGGUUGUUCACAAAUCUGCAAGCCUUUAUGAAUUAAGGCCUUGAUCGUUUCCGCCGGGCCAAUUCCAUUUCGUGUUGAUUUUGUCCACGGUUUGUUUGUUUGACCUUGGGCUAGCAUGAAUGAACGAGUUCACUUGCUUGCUGUGUAACGUCGGUAAGCAAUUCGAUGUUUUCUGAUGAAAUAUCGGUGAAUUGGAUCCUUGUUAGGUGGGAUUUUCGUGAAGAGCUGGAGCAAUUGGACGCUCUAGCAGAAAGUAGACAACUGUUUUUGGAAUCUAAGCCUGAUUUGUUCCAUCCUGAUCGGUGGAUGAUUGUGGACGAUACUGGUGUUUGCGGUUUGUUUGUGGUUCAUCUGUGUCACCGAUGUGGCCGUUGUAUGUUCUGUUCAGCAAGAUACUCAAUGUAGAAGCUGCAGAAGAAGAAGAAGAAGAAGAAGAUGAUGAUGAUGUCAUUGAUGGUUUAGUCGGGAAAUGGCAUGACCAAGACUUAUCCAUGUCACACUUCGUUGAAGUGCCACAUGUAAACCAGCUCCAGUCUUGGGAUUGUGGUCUUGCAUGUGUUGUAAUGGUUCUGAAUACCGUUGGUGUCAGCGAUUGUAGCAUCGAGGCUUUGGCAGACAUUUCCAGCACGACUAGUAUUUGGACAGUUGAUUUGGCUUAUCUGCUAAAGAGGUUUUCAGUUAGAUUUUCAUACUUCACUGUGACGAUUGGAGCAAAUCCAAGCUACUCUGUUGAGACAUACUAUAAGGAACAACUGCCAACCGAUGUACUUAGAGUAGAUAUGUUAUUUGAAAAAGCUUCCGAAGAAGGGAUCAAUAUACUGUGCAGGUCAAUUAAUGAAAAAGAAAUUUCCUGUUUAAUCUUAUCUGGGAAAUAUAUCGUCAUUGCGUUAGUUAAUCAAUACAAGUUGAGUCGCACAUGGCUAGAGGAUGCUAUCCUAUCAAGCUUGGACGAUAGUAACCGGGAGUAUGUAGGACAUUAUAUAGUGAUAUGUGGCUACGAUGCUGAUAGUGAUGAAUUUGAAAUACGAGAUCCAGCAAGUUCCAGGAAGAAUGAGAAAAUUUCAUCCAAAUGCUUAGAAGAAGCGCGCAAGUCGUUCGGAACAGAUGAAGAUCUUCUUGUGAUAUCUCUGGAGAGCAGCAACAAACAGAAGAAGAGUUGUUGGGGGAAACUUCCUCCACUAAAUAUCAACAACACAUAAAUUCCAUUGACAGGUCAUUCUUUGCUGUUUGCUGAUCAGCAGCAGGCACGAUGAACAAUCAGGUUGAUACCAAAGCACAUGGGGAUCUGUCUGUCCAUAUGAUACUCUUUUCCCUUUUGGCCACUUUCCAAGCAGUUUUCUUUGUUUCUUCCCUUUUUCUGUUCUGUGUGUGUCCAUAAUAAUUUAUACAGAUAGCGUCCAGAAAUGUAUUUGGGGAGUGAAGUAAAUGUACAAAAAAAGGAGAGACAAAAUAAAAGAGCAAAGGGCUCUGGUCUGAUGAUACAGUCGUGUCCCUGUUGUACUGUAUACCAUAUAAUACAAAGCCAAAGCUGAUUCCGUGUGAAUUCUUGGAAUCAAAGUCGCCAUUGUUG